GAAAGAUAUCCGAAGUGAGCGUAUUUAGGGCGUUUUGAUUCGAUUUAGAUUGUUUUUUCGGUCUUACGACAAGUUCUGAGCCGGAAAUCAAAAAUGAUGCAACAACAAUUGUAUCAACAAGAACAGCCCGGAACACAAGAUACAGCAGGACAUCAGAUGGUACUAUGUCCUGUGCGGGUGGUUUAUGAGACUCCGAUGUUAGUUCAACAAGGCGAUCAAAUGCAGUCAAAUCAAACUAUAUUCAUAAAUCCUCAAAAUCCACCACCAUGGAUACAGAACAGAGCAGUACAAAAUCAAGUAAUAUACGUCCAACAUAUGCCGACGAAUUAUGUAUUACCGACACAACAACACAUUGACCCAAAUCAACUAUAUAUACAAAACUAUAGCUACCAAAACAUGCCACAAAUGUUGGUUCAAAAUCCCCAGGAACAAAUUCGGCCAAUGCAAAUGACACCACCACACCACGGCCAAGGACAACAGCCUGGUAUUGGUCAAAAUGUACAAACUCAAAGAUUGGUAUCAAAUAUUUCGGCAAUUUCCAAUUCUCUCAACUUAGUAAAUACAGCACAGAAUCAAAAUAAUGUUAUAAAUAGACAAUUUGUUAAUAAUCAAAUGACAAAUAUAAAUGAAAUUGUUAAUAACGUUAAGCAAGAAAAUUUAGGACAAAAUAUGUACAGACAAGUGUCACAAACAUUGCCACAGGAUCCAAGGAAUCAGAUGCAACAAACUGUUACUAUAGUCCCGAAUAAUAUUCAAAGACCGACGAAUACGUACGAGCAAAACAUUAGCCAAAUGCAACAAAUACCGCAACAAAACGUAGCAAACAUUCAAAAUUACCAAAAUUCGAUAAUGCACGUACAAGAAGCAAGGAAACAAGCUCCAAUUAAUAAAAAUAUUAAUUAUAAUGUCGUCCAUCCUAAUAUAUCUGUUAAAGGACCGCAAUCAUUUAGACCAAUACAACCAAGGACCAACCAAAUAAGAAAUAACGGACCACAAUUCCUCACAGCACAACCCACUACUGGCUUAAUUCAAUCGGCCAUGCCAAAUAUGCUAAAUAAAAAUGUUCCUCGUAAAAUAACGUCCAAUAGCACAAAUCAAAUGACAAAUACUAUAGCUAUAUCAAACAACGGAAAAAUUGAAGGUAACAGUUUAGUAUUUAAUAGAAAACGAAAAAGCGAAUCUCCUGAUGAACUACAUAAGAAAAUAUCGAUUAGUAAUAAUACCGAGAAUCCUAUAAUCAUUAAAAAGAUUGAAAACGUUACAAAUCCCGUAAUAUGUUCAGAUAUUGGUGUGAAUACGAGUCCAGUACACAAAACAGAUGGUAGAAUAAAUAUAAACAACUUACAAAUCACACCAUUAAAUCCUAUAAAUACUCAAAACGCAAAAAUCAAAGAGGAACUAGCUAAAAAACCUAUAAGUUAUCCAAAAGAACCACAGAAUGUCAUAAGAAAUAAUAUUAUCCCAAGUUCAGUUCCUGGUAGUGUACCAACUGAAAAGGAUAAAUUGAUACGUAACACUGUUUACACUCAAGCCCGGGGGAGAGUACUGAACGACAAACAAACAGUCGUCGAAAGUAGUAAACCGGAAAUACCAACUACCACCAUAAUUUCAAACAGUCCCGUUGCAACGAUUCGCACUGAAGUAAGUCAAAAACAACCAACAGACUCAAACGAUAAUAGUAAAGAAAAAAUUAAACACGAAGAACCUGAUAAAACAAAUAACGCCACCGUCACUCCAAUUGUAGCUGAAAAGAAGUCAGAAAAUACAGAAGACAAUAAAACCUUGAGUUCUAAUGAAAAAGUGGCUGACAAUAUUAAGUUAAAGGAAGAUAGAGAUUUCGUACUGACACACGUUUUAGAUGGUUAUGUGAUUCAAGAAUCAAAUAUAGCGUUUCCUAUAAGAAAACCUUUAAAAGAAAAGCCCUUACCAAACAAUUCAGAUGAGACUGAAUCGAAAGACUUGAAGGAAGCGAAAGCAGAUGGUGGAGUUAAGAAUAAUAGCAAAAUUUUAAACAUAUCGCACUUACAAAUAAAAGAUAUAGAGCCGUUUCAGAAGGAUAAUGGGGAUGACAAAGAAAAUCCAUUUCAUACACUAAAACCGAGCGUCGUUAAAUCAUGGACGGCUGAACAACUAGAAACUCAUUUGAGAAAAUUUGGAUGGAACGAAACAGUAUCAGUGUUGCAAGAACACGAAAUCGAUGGGGAGUCUUUACUACUAGUGUCGAAAGGGCAACUACUGACUAUAGGCGUCAAAGACGAACACGCUGAAAUUAUAAGUCAUUUCGUUAAGAGUUAAUUUAUCUACAGCCCAUUCCAAUGACAGUGGUAAAGAUAAAUUGAAAUGACAUCAUAAAUAUGUAGUAUAAUCUGUGGUAAGUCGAGAUGGCCCAGUGGUAAGAACGCGUGAAUCUUGGGCAAGGGCAAGGGCAAGCACCUCUGAUUUUUCAUGUGCUUAAUUUCUGUUUAUAAUUCAUCUCGUGCUUUUCGGUGAAGGAAAACAUCGUGAGGAAACCUGCAUGUGUCUGAUUUCAUCGAAAUUCUGCCACAUGUGUAUUCAACCAACCCGCGUUAAAGCAGCGUGGUGGAAUAAGCUCCAAAACCUUCUCAUCAAAAAGGGAGAGGAGGCCUUAGCCCAGCAGUGGGACAUUUACAGGCUGUUACUUACGUAAUCUGUGGUAUUCAUUAUAGUUUCGUGAAGUGACUUUUUGAAUCGGUGAAGGUUGAACUUUGGAAGUAAAAUUAAAGGGUAUAUAAGAAACUAAGUGGAAUACUUUUGUAUAUAAAUAGAGAUAUUAAUCAAGAACGGUUUUUAGUGCAUAAUAUUAUUAUUUUUUUAGAAAAGCGCUUAUAUAAAAAUAUGUAAAUUUAAAUUACGUUUAUAUUUACUCCUGCCAUUGUAAUAUAUAAUAUAUAUAUAUAUGUGUUCAAAUACAGGCCUUAACAAAGAAGGUUAUAUAUUAAAUAAGUGUAAAGGCGUGCUAUUUGGGUUGACUCAAAAAAUCGUGUCAUGAUUGAUAAAAGGCACGCUUAGUAAAAUAAUUUAAGUAUUACUUGGUAUAGCUGACAAUUAUAGUAUUUUAUUUAUAUUAUGUUACUGAACCUUUUCAAUAAUGCUUUUCAAUAAUGCUAUUUAACGAGUCGUUUUUGUACAUCAGAUAAUUUUUGAGUUACGAGUAACAAACUGUUACCAUUCACUUCGAAAGUUACCAACCGUUAUUAUAGGAACGCUUUUGAAUUACGCCUAGUACGCAAUUCUGGCAUUCCUAACCAAAAUAUAUAGUUCCUUGAAUACAGUAACCGGACAUUAAUGUAUAAUAUUGUCUGUUAAAAAUGCUGCAUUCAUUGGACCUUUUGGAAUAGAGCGCCGUAUCUACGGUGGUACCUAAUAAUUUUUACUGGUGGUAUAGCUUUGUGCGAGCUCGUCUGGGUAGGUACCACGCACUCAUCAGAUAUUCUACCGCAGAACAGGGACAUAACAUCUUAGUUCCCAAGGUUGGUGGCGCAUUGGUGAUGUAAGCGAUGGUUAACAUUUCUUACAAUAUCUAUUGGCGUUGGUGACCACUUACCAUCAGGUGGCCCAUAUGCUCGUCCGCGUUCCUACUCUAUAAACCUACCUACCUACCUACAGCUAUAUAUAUGUAUAUAAUAUUCGUCGUAAGCAAAUUGUUUAUAUUAAAGGUACAUUUCGUAUAUAAUGUUUUUAAAAAAAACUAAACUAAGCAGUUAAACGCAGUUUCAAAAGGUCUUACCGUAAUAGCCCUUGAAUAAUAAAUAUGACUAAAAGUCUUUAAAAAAAAAAAUGGGCACUCGAUCUCUAAAAUAAGACUUAAGGAAUAGACAACAUUGUUAUUUUUUUUUAAUUAUUAAUUAUAUCUAAGUUGGCAAUUGUUUUUCGAUCUUGGCCUACUCACUGCCGUGCACUUGAGUUUCAUAGAAAUACGUUUAUUAGCAUUUAAAUAUAGUUAUAAGUUAUGUAAAUAUGGUAAGGGGAGUAAUAUUAGUCUUCCAAUAAGCGUUAUAGUUGA